AUGGCAGCAAUGGCGGCAGGAGAUGAACACGCUGCUUCUGAAGUUUUGAGAGGACUGAACCGACAUUUAAACUGCCUGAACGAAGACAACAAAGCGACCAGAAAGAGGGCCCUUGAGCUUAUCAAGAGGGAAACUAUAGAUAAAGGACUUUCCAGCGGCGUCUUACAGGAGGUUUUCUCUUCCCUCCUCAAGCCUCUCCUCAAAUGUUUGUCAGACCCGAUGGAAAGAUGCAGAGAAACCGCGAUAACGACGAUAACAGAGUUUAUUCGUUGUGUCCCCAAGCCGGAGGAGUCGCUGCCGUAUCUCAUGCCCUGUCUGGCUCAGAGGCUCGGGGAGAAGGAGAUUCUGGAGCCGGCGGAGGAGCUCCGGCUGUCGGCUGUGGAGAUGUUGACUCUGACGGUGGAUGUGUGCGGGAAGCAUUUAGCGCCGUAUCUGACGGAAAUGAUCAACAUACUACAAAGAACCGUCGUCGACCCGUUCCCAGAUGUCAGGAGAGAAAGCUGCAAAUGUAUUGUAAACUUUGCAAAGCGUGUGCCAGAGCACUUUCACAUGCAGGCUGAGAGUCUUGUCAAGCCUCUCAUGCAGACAAUUGCUCAUCAACACUCGCGGGUACGAGUGUCUGUCAUCGAGGCCACCGGGGCUGUCAUUCAGCACGGCACUGGGAAAAACGUGGAUGACGUGCUCUCUCACCUGGCACAGAGAUUGUUUGACGACUCACCACAGGUGAGAAAAGCUGUGACUGCUGUUGUUGGUGAUUGGCUACUUCACAUGAGAGACAGAUACUCUUAUUUCCAUAAGCUCAUCCCGCUCCUGCUGAGCGGUAUCAAUGAUGAGAUCCCGGAAAUAAGACAUCUAGCAGCUGAUUUAUGGAAGCAGGUCGGGACCCAGUGGGAGAAGGAGAACGAAGAAGAAAUCAAGGACAAGUUGGAUUUUCUUCUCACCCCACCUCCCUUCUACCCACCAGGAGUGGAGCGUCCAGGGCUGGGCUGCAGAGAGCUCGUGGUGAGAAACCUGGGUAGGCUGGUGCCGGCCAUUGCCCACGACAUAACCGACUGGCUGGUGCCCACACGGAUCAGGACCUCUCAGCUGCUCUCUGUGCUGCUGCUCCACGCUGAGGACCACAGCACCCAGCAUCUGCAGCCUCUCCUGGCCACCCUCUACCGCGCCUGCACCGAUACAGAGAGGGACGUGAUCAGCAAUUGCCUGGCAGCUGCUAAACUGUUGGGGACCUUUGUCCCUCCGGUUGUCUUCCUCAAGCUGCUGCUGGAUCAUGUGACAGCCCCCUCUUCUUCUUCACACCCCUGGACCCCCCUCAUGGUGCUGGCUGCAGUGCUGGGAGGCUGCUCCAGACCCCUCCUUAAACCACAUCUCGAACAGAUCACCAACACGCUGGCCCAGCCCGAUGUCUGCCAGGAAUAUCAACAGGUUUUGUACUUGGAGCAGUUGUUGGCCUGCGUGGACGUGCUGCUGCGUCACUGUGAGUCAGACCACGGCUUAGUCAGCCUGCAGCUGCUGCAGGUGCUGGUCACUGUCCAGAGCCUCUCAACCGAGCCACGUCUCAGCGAAAAGGCCCUGGAGAGUGUGCAGGUCUUGUGUAAGGUGCAGGGCCUGGACUCAGUGAUGGAGCUCUUUAGACAACAUAUGGGCCAGCUGCUGGACUGGCUGUCUGCCUCUGUCAACACCUGGUCCAGUUACUCCCCACAAAGACUCCAACUGCAUAUCAUAGUCAUACAGUCAGGUCCAGUGAUCGGGGAGUUCGUGAGCCAGUUGAUGCCUCUGCUGUGCAGCUGCCUUCAACCAGACAGAGACCCAGAGAUGAGGAUGAGCAUUUUCACAAUGCUUGCUAAGUUACUGCUGGAUGCAAACAACACACUGGAUUCCCAGGGGUAUUUCCGUGCUGAGUCAGAGAAGUUCCUGUGUGACAUCUUGCUUCCUAACCUGGUGUGGCAUGCAGGCCGCACUGCUGCUGCCGUCCGUACUUCAGCCCUCAGCUGUGUGCUGGCCCUGCUGCACGGAGGAGCCAUCACACCUGGACAGCUGCUGUGUCUGGAGGACAAACUGUGUCCCCAGGUGUUGUCAGCCCUGGAAGAGGACUCCCAGAUGGCAAGACUGCUGUCUUGUCGUUCCCUGUCUGCCAUUCUCAGACUCAUAGGAACCAGUUUGCACCCUGAAGCCCUCAACAAGAUCUAUCCCGAGCUGCUGAAGCGUCUGGACGACAGCAGUGAGGAGGUGCGCAGCGUCGCACUGCAGGCCCUCGGGCUGUGGCUGUCCAGCCUGACCAAAGACUACAGCCCUGAGCUCUUUGCUCCUCAUCUGCAGCUCCUCUUCCAGCAGCUCCUCCUGCACCUGGAUGACCCCGACAGCUCGGUGCAAGACCAAGUGCUCGAGAUCCUGAAGAAAGGCAGCUCGGUCCACCCGGCUCUUCUGAAGAGGGAGGUGGACGCAGUGAGAGACAAACAGCGGAGUCCUCUCUACUGCGACCAGCUGCUGCAGCACAUCAGGUUACUGCCCACAGAGACCACAGCAGUGUCCUGAAUGACAGGAAGCCUUAAUUCAAAGAGACUCACCUUAAAGUACAAUAUUGAUGAACAACCACUAAUACAAUGGAGCAUUUUUGGUCACCUUAAAAUAAAAUUCAGUCAUCUUUUAGGUACUCCGCUUAAAUUCAUUCGCCUAAUGCCGGUGAGUUAAUGUUUUUUUUUUUAAUUUUAAGGUGAAUUUUUCAAUGUGCCUUUUACCUUUACCAUUUGUUCAAGACCAGUUUUUGGGCAUUCGUUCCUUUAAUUGCAUUCCUUUGGUUCAGAUGUUUGGUUUUAAUGAAAAGAAACAGGUUUUUAAUGCACUGGGUGUCUUAAAUGAUUUACUGAUACAGUCAUAGAUCUCUCUGAACAGUCCUGCAUCCAAACUCUCAGCAGAUUGUUGUCUUUGAAAUAAAAAUGUUUCUUAGUAGUUUGGUAAGAAAAAAAAUGUAAUGUUAAGG